AAAAAAUGCGUUCAUUGUGAUUGGUUCGAUUUCAAGUUUCGUCGGUAAGCGAGAGAAUAAACCAAAAAAAAAAUAAAAAAAAACAGACACGAUUUCAUGUGAAUUUUAAUUAAAAGCAAAGAACAGAAAGAAACUACAAAUUCUAAUUGUAAACAAUAUUUUCAACUUUACUCCAAUUAGAAAAUUAUUCUCCAAGUGAAACAGUGAAAAGAGAGAGAGAGAGAAAUACAGAAAAAAAAUUCUCAGUGGUGUUCUGUCCCCGUGAGAGAGUGAGAGAAAGAGUGUGUGCGCUUGUGUUGUUAUUGUUGCGUGUGUGCAGUGCACUUAAGAAAAAAAAAAAUAAACCCAGCAACAAAUUCUUUAGCGAAGUGUGAAGUAAUUCGUAAAAACAACAAAAACCAAACGACGUCAGCAGCAUUAUUCAUGCCAAAGGCGUAAGAAGCGGCACCGACGAAAAAUAAUUAAAUAAACAAUUAAAUAAAUUUUAAGUUCCUUCAAAAGAAAACAAAAAAAAAAAAACAUAAUUGCCGUAAAGAAGCAAGUGAGAGCGUUACAUUUCUCACCAGAAAAAAGAGAGCAACAGACCAAACAAACCAACAAGUGACAUCAACAUCGUUAAUCAACAAUAAUAACAACGACGGCGACGACGACGCAGCAGCAUCAGCAUCACAACACUGUAAUCAGAGUAAAUCAUUCACAAUGGCGGAUUUUGAUUUAAAUGUGGACAGUUUGAUACAGCGGUUACUGGAAAAUUUCAAAAAACAAAAGGAAGCCGAAGAGAAUGCACAAAAACUCUUUGUGACUCAACAGCUGAUGAAAUUGAAAUCGGAAUCGAAGACUCCCGAAGAGGAGGCCGAUCAAGAUCAGGAACGUCGUCUGAUGGAACAGUACGCUCUGUCGCCCACCACUGAGACCAUUAUCUCCGCCGAUGGUGAUCAGUUGACCAUCCAUCAUCCACGAGAGGAGCCCAUAAAGAGGUCCAAAACGAAAUUACGAGAUUACUUUGUAUCCGAAUUCGUGCGCAGUUGUCGUACCGGUAAAUCUGUACAAAUGUCAGAAUCCGAAGUUCGAGGCUUAUGUCUAAAAUCCCGUGAAAUAUUCCUACAACAGCCGAUAUUGCUAGAGCUCGAGGCUCCACUGAUCAUUUGUGGCGACAUACAUGGCCAGUACACAGAUUUGUUGCGUCUCUUCGAAUACGGAGGAUUCCCGCCGGCAGCCAAUUACUUGUUCUUGGGCGACUAUGUGGACAGAGGCAAACAAUCCUUGGAGACCAUUUGCCUGCUGUUGGCCUAUAAAAUUAAAUAUCCAGAGAAUUUCUUUUUAUUGCGUGGCAAUCACGAAUGUGCCAGUAUUAAUCGUAUUUAUGGUUUUUAUGACGAAUGCAAACGACGCUACAAUGUCAAGUUGUGGAAAACCUUUACAGACUGUUUCAAUUGUUUACCCGUCGCCGCCAUCAUUGAUGAGAAGAUUUUCUGCUGUCACGGCGGCCUGAGUCCCGAUCUCCAGGGCAUGGAACAAAUUCGACGCUUGAUGCGUCCCACAGAUGUACCCGAUACUGGUCUAUUGUGUGAUCUGUUAUGGAGCGAUCCGGACAAGGAUGUCCAGGGCUGGGGUGAAAAUGAUCGUGGUGUUAGUUUUACAUUCGGUGCUGAUGUGGUAUCGAAAUUUUUAUCAAAACAUGAAAUGGAUCUGAUUUGUCGUGCCCAUCAGGUCGUUGAGGAUGGUUAUGAAUUCUUUGCCCGCCGUCAAUUGGUGACACUAUUUUCAGCUCCCAAUUAUUGUGGUGAAUUUGAUAAUGCCGGUGGCAUGAUGACUGUGGAUGAUACAUUAAUGUGCUCAUUCCAGAUAUUGAAGCCCUCCGAAAAGAAGGCCAAAUACAUGUACAGCGGCAUGAAUACAUCACGGCCAACAACACCGCAACGUAACGCGCCUCUAAUAGCAACGAAUAAGAAGAAAUAAUACAUCCAUCCGCUUCCAUUUCCUUAAAAGUUAUUAAAUUAUUAUAUACAUAUAAAAUUUGAUAAUAAUAAUUAUUAUAAUUAUAAUACGACAAAAACAAGAAGAACUACAAAAACAACAACAACAACCACAACAGCAAAAGCAAAUAAAUUAACAAAAAAUCCAACUACAAAACAAUUAUCAUCAUCAGCGUCAGCAUCAGCAACACCUCGAAAUGAGACAAAACUUGCUACUACUAUUACUUCAUGUUGUUAUUUUAAGAUGACUUCGAGCAAAAUAACACCAGCAACAACAACAACCACACAACAGCAGCAUCCUCAGAAACCGUAAAAUGUUAACAAUAAAUGUCCAUUUAAAUAUUUUUUUUUUUUUAAUUUUGGAAAAAAAAAUUAAUUUCCAUUUAAAUAAAUUUCCAUGCCAUUGAAAAUAGGGCUGUGGAGUUAUUGGCUAGAAGCAAUGUUUUUGGAACCUUUGAGAGUCGUAAGGACUCAAAUUGUAGGUCUAAAAAAAUUCUUCAAUUAAAUCAUUAAAACAAAAAUUGUGGUCAACCUUGAUUUGAAACUCAAAAGCCUUUCAAGAUUUUCUCUUCUAGAGCUAGAGAGAGAGAAAAACAAAAACGGAUAUAAAUUCUAGGAUUUAAACAUUUUACAGUUCCCUUAAGAGCCCCAACUGCAUUAUGGCUCCCUUAAGAGCCCCUCUUUAAGGUCUUCUGUUGAUUUUUGAACUCCACAGCCCUGUUGAAAUUUUCUUUAAAAUUUAGACACAUUUUUGUUAACAUUUCCCUCACACUCACAUCCAGCCACAUUUAUAUUCUCCUUGACUAACUAUUAUCUCCUUUUGUAAUCUUGAUUAUCUGUUUGUAUUUUCUAAAUUUAACAUUUAUAAAAAAAAAUUAAUUUGAGAAUUAAAGAAAAAAUAUAAAAUAUAUAUUUUAUUGUAAAUGUUUCCUUUGUGGAAACCUUAAAAAAAUUGUUUUUGAAAAUUUUGUAAUUUUUGUUUUUUUUUUUUUGAAAAUUUUGUAAUUUUUUUUUUGUUUUAAGAAAUUUUUUAGUUUUGUAAUUCCAUAUUCUUGCCAGAAUUGUUAGCAGAAUAUUUCUGAACUAAAUUUUUUUAAUUGUAAAAUAUUCAAAACUUUGAGGAAAAAUUGAUUCACAAUGUAAAAACCUUGAUUGGGCGCCAUUUGAAUAUAAAGCAAUUGUAAAUGUCCUAUAUUUUAGGGCUCAUGAGCGGGUUGGUAAUUUGAUAAAUGAAAAAUGUAUUAGUCCAUACAUUGCCAAAAAUAAAUGUAAUUAGGAUUCCAAUAGGAAGCCAUGGAAACGAGUCCAACAUUGGGCGCCGAAAUGUAUAACUGAAUAAUGAUUUAUUUUCCAUAUUCUUUUAAAUGAAAGCUCUAACAAUUCUAUAAUCAAAAAUGAAUUAAUUACCAAAAUUUAGAAAAUGUAAUUAGCAUUAAUAACAAAUUCCGUCAGGCCUAAAUUAGGUGCCGCUUUUUUGUUGUACAAUAUUGAAAAUUUAAGUUGAUACACAAUGUGGAAUCCUUGAUUGGGCGCCAUUUGAAUAAAGAAAUUGUAAAUGUCCUGUAUUUUAGGUCUUAUGAGCGGUUGGGAAUUUGAUUAAUGAAAAUGUAUUAGCCCAUACAUUGCCCGAAAUAAAUGUAAUUAGGAUUCCCAUAGGAAACCACAGAAAUCAGUCCUACCUUGGGCGCCAAUUGUAUAACUGAAUAAUGAUUUAUUUUCCAAAUUCUUGUAAAUUAAAGCUCUAAGAAUUCUAUGAUUAAAAAUAAAGUAAUUACCAAAGCUUGAAAAUUCCUUUGAAAAUGGUAACAAAAAUCGUGAGAGGCCUAGAUUGGGCACCAAAAUGUUAAAUGAAAUAAUGAUUUAGUCACACAUUGGGCGCCGAAUUGCUGAAAGAAUUAAUGACUUAGUUUUCAUAUUCUUCAAUAUAAAAGCUGUAAAAAUUCUAUGACCAAAAAUUAAGUCAUUGCCAUAAUUUAUAAAAUGUAAUGAAAAAAAAAAAUAAUAACAAAAUCCUGUCAGACCUAGAUUGGGCGCCAAAUGUCUUAAAGAAAUAAGGACUUACUUUUCAUAUUUGUCAAUAGUUAAACUAUUAAAAUUCUCUGAACAAAAAUGAAAUAAUUAUCAAAUCCUGAAGAAAAAAAAUGAAGGUAGUCUUAAAAAUCCCGUCAGCCCCAGAUUGGACGCCAAAUUGCUUCAGAAAUAAGGACUUACUUUCUAUAUUUGUCAAUUGUUAAGAUAUUAAAAAUUAUGUGAACAAAAAUAAAAUAAUUAUCAAACUCUAAAAAAAAAACAAUGAAGAUAGUCGCAAAAAUCCCGUCAGCCCCACAUUGGACGCCAAAUUAUUUGAAGAAUCAAUAAUCUAACUUCCAUGCUUUUCAACUUUUAAAAUUCUAUGACAAAAAUUAAAAAAUACGAUGCUUGAAAUACCCAAUGAAAGUAAUGACAAAAAUCCCGUGAGUGCCAGGUUGGGCGCCAAAUGACAUAAAGAAGUAAUGACUUAGUUUUCAUAUUAGUCCAUUGUUGAGCAAUUAAAAUUCUGUGAACAAAAAUAAAAUAAUGAUCGAAUUUUGAGAAAUUUAAUGCAAACCAAAAAUCCCUUCAGGUACCAGAUUGGGCGCCAACUUAUUUAAAAAUGCAAUGACUUAAUUUUCAUUGUUGUCAACAUUAAAGCCCCAAAAAUUUUAAGUACAAAAAUGAAAGAACUCACGAAGUUCUGAGAAAUCCAAUGAAAAUAGUAACAAAAAAUACCGGCAGUUCAAUUUGGGCGCCAUUGUUUAAAGAAAUAAGAAUUUAGUUUCCAUAUUUGUCAAUUGUUAAGCAAUCUGUGAACAAAACUAAAAUAAUUUUCAAAUUUUUAGCAAUUCAAUGGAAAUAGUAACAAAAUUCCUGUCAGUCCCAAAUUGGGCGCCAACUUAUUUAAAUAUGCAAUGACUUAAUUUUCAUAUUUGUCAACAAUAAAGCCCCAACAAUUCUAAGAACAAAAAUGAAAUAACUUACGAAGUUCUGAGAAAUCCAUUGAAAAUAGUAAUAAAAAAUACCGCCAUUCUACAUUGGGCGCCAAAUUGCUUAGAGAAGUAAUGAAUUAGUUUUCAUAUUUAUCAACAUUAAAACUCUCUAUGACCAAAAAUGCAAUUAUUACAAAAAUUUUGAGAAAUUCAAUGCGAGGAGCAACUAAAAACCCGUCAGCCCCAGAUUGGGCGCCAAUUUGACUUAAUAUGAAAGGAACAUUAAGUGAAAUAAAUUUAUAUUGAAAGGCAUUGACUAUGCUGGAUUCUAAACCAGAAUCACGAGGUUAAAUAAUAUCUGAAUUCUUUUUAUAUUCAAACCGCUGGAAUUAAAUACCGAAAUAAUUAACAAAUUUUGAGAAAUUCAAUGCAGAUAUUAAAAAAAAAAUCCGCCAGGCCUAUAUUGGGCGCCAAUUUGCCUAAUAUGAAAUAAACAUUAAGGGAAGAAUAUCUAAUUAGAAAGACGUUCACAAUGAUAGAUUGUAAACCUGAAUGACGAGACAAAAUAAUGCCUCAAUUAAUUUUGAAAUUAAAGCCGCUGGAAUUAGAUCCCGAGAUUGGGCGCCAAUUAAGGUUUUGUCCUUAGACCCCAACAAAUUUACAUUCGAAGAAUGAUCUUUGUUGAAAAGCAGAAAACGAUAAUAAUUUAAAAGUCACGUUUCAUUUAGAUCCCGAUAUUGGGCGUCACUAUAAGUUAAGGGUUUGGUACCCAGUCAUUUUUUCAUUUUUUCUAGGUCCUUCUGUUCAAUACUAGUCCAUGGGAAAAAAAAGAAAGUUGAGAUUUGGGGUCCACUUUGGGCGGCAACUUACAUUAUUUCAAAAAUUAAAAAAAAAUAUUUUUUUAAAUAUUAAAUACUUGUACAUACACGAAAUUUAAUUGUAGCCGAAUAUUUGAAAAUUUCCCUGCCCCAGGUUAGGCGCCACUUACCUCAAUAAACCUACGAAGUUUCAAGAAUUUUAUUAUUUUAUUUUGGGGUAUUGAGAGUUCCACAUCAGUUUGGGUGCCAACUAAUAAAGUCAUCGGGAUCUGAACAUUGUAUGAGAAAAGAAUACAAAAACACUAGAAUAUGCCAGUGUUUUUAACACUCGAACAUCCCAGUCAGUUUUAUACGUGGAAUCUUCAAAACAUAAACUUUAAUAUUGUACUUCUGAUUGGGCGCCACUUGUGCCUUUUUUCAAUAAUUGUCAAAAAUAAAAAAAAAAAAAAAAAAAAAAAAAAAAUAAAAAAAAAAUCGAGAAACCCUGGAAUUUCCUUUUAAAAUUUGAGACAUAAAAAAAAAUUCUAUUAGACAAUAUAUUGGAUUUUAAUAUCUUAUUGCCCUUAUUGGACGCCACUUUCCACCAAAAAUCCUUAGAAUUUUUUUCGUGGGAUUUUUUUUAGAUUUUUUUUCUGGAGUUCAGAACGAGUUUUGGAGUCAAAAGAACAGGAACAUGACCAAAACACAGGAUUUAAAGUAAUCUGUGACACUUAAUAUGUUUUUUUUUUUUUUCAAAUUAAGGUAUGCCUCCUAUUGGACGCCACUUUCCACCAAAAAUCCUAAGGAUUUUUUUCGAAGGAUUUUUGUUUAGUUCGGUAUGAGUUUUGGCGUCAAAACAACAGGAACAUGACCAACACACUAGAUUUGAAAUAAUUUAUGCUACUGAAUAUUGGCUUUUAAGUUAACGUAUGCCCCUUAUUGGGCGCCACUUUCCACCAAAAAUCCUAAGAAUAUUUUUUUCGAGGGAUUUCUUUUUAGUUCGGAAUGAGUUUUAGAGUCAAAACAACUGGACCAUGACCAAAACAUAGCAUUUAAAAUAAUUUAUGUCACUGAAUAUUGGCUUUUAAGUUAACGUAUGCCCCUUAUUGGGCGCCACUUUCCACCAAAAAUCCUUAGAAUUUUUUUCGAUGGAUUUUUUUAGUUCGGUAUGAGUUUUGGCGUCGAAGCAACAGGAACAAGGCCAAAACAAAAAAUUUAAAAUUACUUAUGUCACUGAAUAUUGGCUUUUAAGUUAACGGGUGCCACUUAUUGGACGCCACUUUCCACCAAAAAUACUAAGAAUUUUUUUCGUACGAAUUUUUUCAUUUUGGUAUGAGUUUUGUCGGCAAAACAACAGGAAAAUGACAAAAACACUGGAUUUGAAAUAAUUUAUGUCACUGAAUAUUGGCUUUUAAUUUAACGUAUGCCCGUUAUUGGGCGCCACUUUCCACAAAAAAAUCCUGGAUUUUAAAUAAUUAAUGUCACUGAAUAUUGGAUUUUAUGUCAACGUAUGCCCCUUAUUGGGCGCCACUUUUCACCAAAAAUCCUAAGAAUUUUUUUUCGAGGGUUUUUUUUAGUUCGGUUUGAGUUUUGGCAUCAAAACAACAGGAAAAAGACCAAAACACUAGAUUUGUAAUAAUUUAUGUCCCUGCUUGGGCGCCACUUGACCAGAAAAUUCUGCUAACAUUAAAACGUUUUCAAUGAAAUCUUUAUACCAUUUCAUUUUUUUUUUUUUUUUCAAAAAUCAAAAACCCAAAAACAGACAACAGGGACAUGGUCAAAACACUGGAUUUAAAAUAUUUUUUUUUAUCCCUGCUUGGGCGCUACUUGACAUGAAAAUUCUGCUAACUUAAAAAAGUUUUUAAUGAAAUCUUUAUACGAUUUACAUUUUUCUUUUUCAAAAAUCAAGAACCCAAAAACAAACUACAGGAACAUGACCUAAACACUGGAUUUGAAAUAACUUAUGACCCUACUUGGGCGCCAAUUUACAAAAAAAUUCUGCUAACAUUAAAAAGUUUACAAUUAAAUCUUUAUCUGAUUCCAAUUUUUCUUUUUCAAAAAUCAAGAACCCAAGAAUUUCUAAUUUUUUUUUAAUUUCAAAUUUUUUGUUUUUUUUUUUUUGUAAUUUUAAUCAAAUAUUUUUUGUCUCCCUUUCAUUUGGGAAUCCCGGUAUAAGCAACUAAAUAAGUUAAAAAAUCAGCAAGGCAAUUCAAAACAAUUAAUGAUAAUAAUACCGAAUAACAUAACCUGUAAGAGUUUUAAUCAUAAAAUAUGGAAAAAAAAAAAACAAAUAAUAAAGGAGAAUCGACAGUAUAGGAGGAGGAAGAGGAUGACUAAUAAAAGAAAGCAAGCAAGUUGAAAAUAAUGAAUCCCCCAAACUUUUUAAAUAAUUUAUAAGAAAUUAUUUAGAAUUACUUUAUAAGGAACGAAGAAAUUUGAAUUUUCUCUAGUUCUCUAAACUAUUAAAAAAAUUUAAAAAAAUUAAUUAAAAAAUAAUAAUUAUUAUUUAUUUUUUAUUUUCUUAAAAUAAACCUGUAUUUGUCUUUAUUUGUGUCUUUCUAAUAAUCUUCAACACCACUACCAUUUUUCAUUUUUGUUUUCAAUUUAGUAUUAUUUAUUUUUUUUUUAAAUACUAUUUUUAGUUUUUCUUUUUAUUUCUGUAUUUUAAAAACAAUAUAUGAAUAUAUAUUUAUUUAAAAAAAAUCUAAGUAUGGAAGCAAAAUAAGUAACUUUGUUUAAUCCUAUAUAUGAAAUAAUAUAAUUUUCUGUUUCAUUCUUCUAUCAUUAUUAUUUUUUGUUAAUUUAUUGUGAAUUUUUUUUCUUGUCAAUUUUAAAACAACCACCAACACCACAAUCAACAUUAAACAUAUAUGCUUGAGCAUUUAAUUCAAUAAAUGUGUUUCACUUUAAUUAUUUCUAUAA